UUGAUCUUCUAGUGCUGCCUGCCGUAUCCCACAAUGCUCUGCGCCACAACACUUGCCAGUCAUUGUGACGUUUUUUUCUGAGAACCAUGAAAGAAUCAGCCGCAAAGCGGCGCGACAAGGCGGGAGGCCGCGACCGGGAAUCCAAAGCCGAGAAGCCGAAAGAGACGAAGGAGCUAAAAGAGCCGGGCCCGGAGCUCCAGGACGUGGACAUGCCGGAGGAGGAGGUGGCGAAACAGCCGAAAGAGCAGGACAGCCUCACUCUGGAGGACAUUAGGGAGCAUGUGAAGCAGAUAGAAAAGGCCGUGUCUGGGAAGGAGCCUCGGUUUGUGCUCCGUGCCCUCCGAGCGUUGCCGUCUACCAGCCGCCGCCUUAACACCAACGUGCUACACAAGGCCAUCUGUGGGUUCUUCACCAGCAACGCCACCACCAGAGACUUCCUGCUGGGUUUCCUUGAGGAGCCCAUGGACUUGACCGAUGGAGACGUGCAGUUUCGUCCAAGGACCGGAAAAGCGGCGUCUGCUCCUCUGCUGCCGGAGGUAGAGGCGUAUCUGCAGCUGCUGCUGGUGGUUCAUCUGACCAACAACAAGAGAUACACUGAGGCUCAGAAAGUGUCGGACGACCUGCUGCAGAAGAUCGGCUCAAAGAACCGCAGAGCUCUGGAUCUGGUGGCUGCCAAGUGUUAUUAUUACCACGCAAGAGUUUACGAGUUCCUCCUGCAGUUUGACAUCAUACGCAGUUUCCUGCACACUCGCCUGCGCACGGCGACGCUGCGUCACGAUGCUGACGGUCAGGCUGUCCUCCUGAACCUGCUGCUGAGAAACUACCUGCACUUCAACCUUUACGACCAGGCCGAGAAGUUAGUGUCCAAGUCUGUGUUCCCUGAGCUCGCCAACAACAACGAGUGGGCCAGAUACCUGUACUACACUGGACGUAUUAAGGCAAUCCAGCUGGAAUACUCUGAGGCUCGCAGGACUCUGACCAACGCUCUGAGGAAAGCUCCACAGCACACAGCAGUGGGCUUCAAACAGACGGUCCACAAGCUGCUGAUCGUGGUGGAGCUGUUGUUGGGAGAGAUUCCUGAUCGACUUCAGUUCAGGCAGCCGUCACUCAAGAGGUCACUGAUGCCCUACUUCCUGCUCACACAAGCGGUGAGAACCGGUAACCUGGCCAAGUUUAACCAGGUGUUGGAGCAGUUUGGUGAGAAGUUUCAGACAGACGGGACGUACACACUCAUCAUCCGCCUGAGACACAAUGUCAUCAAGACAGGUGUGCGUAUGAUUAGCCUGUCGUAUUCUCGUAUCUCUCUGGCCGACAUUGCUCUCAAGCUACAGCUCGACAGUCCUGAAGAUGCAGAGUUCAUUGUUGCCAAGGCGAUCCGUGAUGGUGUCAUUGAGGCGAGCAUCAACCAUGACAAAGGUUUUGUCCAAUCAAAAGAGACCAUUGACAUAUACGGCACCAGAGAACCACAGCUUGCUUUUCACCAGAGGAUUUCUUUCUGUCUGGAUAUUCACAACAUGUCUGUGAAGGCCAUGAGGUUUCCCCCUAAAGCUUACAACAAAGACCUGGAGUCAGCUGAGGAGCGUCGGGAACGUGAGCAGCAGGAUCUGGAAUUUGCUAAAGAAAUGGCUGAAGAUGAUGACGACAGUUUUCCAUGAGCUGUGCAUACUUCCUGUACAUACAGGAAGUAGGUGUGUGUGCAUGUUGCACGCUGGUGUUAGUAGUAGUCAUUUAUUACCCAUGAUGCCCCCCCUCACUCUCUGUCUCUCCUGUAUAAGCCCUAUGUUCUGAGACAAAUAAAAAUUCUUUGUUUACAAA